AUGACUGAGCCACAGGGUCAGGAGCUCACGGCUGAAUGCCCUGUCUGCUGGAACCCCUUCAACAACACGUUCCAUACUCCCAAAGUGCUGGACUGUUGCCACUCCUUCUGUGUGGAAUGCCUGGCCCACCUCAGCCUAGUGACCCCGGCCCGGCGCCGCUUGCUCUGCCCACUUUGUCGGCAGCCCACCGUGCUGGCCUCAGGGCAACCUGUUACUGACUUACCCACGGACACUGCCAUGCUGUCCCUGCUCCGCCUGGAGCCCCAUCACGUCAUCCUUGAGGGCCACCAGCUCUGUCUCAAGGACCAGCCCAAGAACCGCUAUUACUUGCGCCAGCCUCGAGUCUACACACUGGACCUUGGACCAGAGCCUGGGAGCCAGCCUGGGCACCCCCAGGACACAGCCCCUGCCACCAGGCCUGUACCAAUCCCCAUUCCCAGCCACUAUUCUCUGAGGGAGUGUUUCCGCAACCCUUACUUCCAGAUCUUUACCUACCUGAUGGCUGUCAUCCUCAGCGUGACUCUGCUGCUCAUCUUCUCCAUCUUUUGGACUAAGCAGCUCUUUUGGGGUAUGGGGUGA